AGUUUCGUCGGUUUGCUUAAUUAAGUCGUUUUAGGACACGAUUCACGUUCUAUCGCUUCUACAUAUUUCGCUAGUCGACACACGCGAACAGUAUCGGGAGCGGAUAGGCGAGCCCGAGAAACAGAAAUUGGGAACGAAGAGAUAGGAGAGGGCCCACCGGCGGUAAAUCAUACUUUCGGGCUUAUGGAAAAUUACGAUUCGCCCGAGAAUGCCAAAUAAUUCCAGGGUUAGCGUCGCUGUUGUUCCAGAUCUGCUCACAGAUGUCGGCGACAAAAAUCAUUCGAACGAGGAAAAUGUUGAAGAAAGGCCAGCAGAUUUCGAGGCAGCCAUCGCUGCGGCUGGUAGCGGAAAAUUUCAAUAUCUCCUCCUUCUGGCUAUUAUUCCAGGCUCGUGGGCAACUAGUAUCGACACCGCUAACGUGGCGAUCAUUCUUCCAUCGGCAGAAUGUGACCUGCAAAUGACGUUCUUCCAGAAAGGUGUUUUAAACGCCAUCACUUAUAUAGGAAUGGUUUCUAGUGGUUUUCUGUGGGGCUACAUAGCUGACGUUAGAGGCAGGAGAUCGGUCUUCCUCUACGGCUAUCUGGCCGAUGGUAUCUGCAACGUUCUCUCAGGAUUUUCCCAGAGUUUCUGGACUCUAGUUUUCUUCAAGUUCCUCAGCGGUUUCAUAAUAAGCGGCCCUCAUGCUUCCAUGGUGGCUUACUCGUCGGAAUUCUACGGAAUGAAAGGAAGAGUGAGAAUCCCGCUUAUCAUUGGUUUUUCUAUCACGUUUGGAAAUAUCGUGACUACAGUUCUAGCGUGGAUUAUCGUCCCUCAAAACUGGUCUAUCGUUUUAUGGGACGGUGCGUUCGUCUACAAUCCCUGGAGGCUCUUUCUGUCCGUGUGUGGUCUACCGAUGUUGAUCGGUGUAGUUUGUCUCUCCCUGUUCCCGGAGAGUCCCAAGUUUCUCAUGUCUCAGGGCCGUAUGGAGGACGCGUUGAAAGUUUUCAGGACGAUCUAUCGGAUAAACACGGGGAAACCCGCGGAAGAGUACCCGAUACAACACUUAGGGAACGAGAUUUCGGAGAAAUCGAACGAAGAGGAUCGAGAUGAAAAUAUCGAGAAGAAAGCGAUUUUCUUCUAUCCGUAUUUACCGCGAAUUCUUCUCGUCGUUGUUAUACAAUUUGGAUCGAUGUACGCGUCGAACACGUUUCGUCUGUGGCAACCACAGCUUUUCACGAUCCUCGAAAACUUCGUUCCAGCGAAUUACAACUUGACAGCAGAACACUCUCCGACGUUUUGCGAAAUUUUGGAUCUCUCUUCCGCUCCAAACGCGACUUCCAUGAUUGCCGACGAGCACUCGAUAUGCGUAAACAGUGUCGUGAAUGAAUCGGUUUACACGAACACGGUCAUCGUAGCCAUCUUCGGAAGCUUCUUACUCCUCGGUGCUAGCUUCGUACUGAAAUACAUCAAUCACAAAAUUCUACUACAAAUUUGCUACGGAAUUGCAAUAAUCUGCAUAAUUUGCAUGAACUGGUCGACCAACAAAUUGACAACCUUGUUACUCACGAGCUCCUUCAUUGGUUUCACCAACACCACUCUCAACACCGUCGUUGCUGCAACCGUUAUUUUAUUUCCAACUGCUUUAAGGGCGAUAGCGGUGAGCCUGGUAAUGACAAUUGGAAGGCUCGGAUCGAUCUGUGGAAACAUGCUGUUUCCAGUGCUACUGGACCAAGGAUGCUUUGCACCGAUGAUCCAGUUGGCGUGCUUCAUCUUACUCUGCAUCGUUCUAACGUGCUUCCUUCCGAUACCGAAGAAGAAGGCCAAGGAAUAGCCUCGUUGCGCAAGCGUCCACGAAAUCAAUUUACCUUCCAUUCCAAGAUAGAGUGUUCACCAGGCGAUUCCUCGCCGGAAACCGCCGGAGUUUUCGCACUGGGAACUGGGCCAACGUGAAGAACGCCAGAGAUGGGCAGAGG